AGACAUAUAUAUUGAAACUCAAACACUAUUUCCAUAAAAUUAUUAUUGCGUUUUAUACCAUCACGUUUUAGUAACGACAUCUUUGAUUAUAAGUUAUUCAUACUUUUCAGCUUUAUUGUCAAACUAACUUGAAACAAUUGCAACUAAGGUUUCGUAUUGACUUGUUUGUUCUAGUUACAAUUGAUGUGUUUUGUUUGAAAUUAAUGUUUCAAUUGUUGGUCUGAAAGACUAUUGCGACUAAAAAAGUAUUAGGCUAUAGCUAAGAUUUAUUGUCGUGUUAUAUCUUCAAAAAACACUUUGUAGCGAACAGCUUAAGCUUUCAUUUCACUUAUAAUCCGUUGUAAAAAUUAUAAUUAGUAACAAAAAAUGUCGUUUGGAGGCAACAUGGGAACAAUGUUCAACCGAGCCAAGCAACUGGCAGCAGAGAACCUGUCAGACCAGGCUAAGACAGAGUACGAUCCAGAGCUAGUGGCUCUCAUAGCCCAACUGGAUAAGACGAAAGAGUGGGGCAAGAAAUUCUUGGAAAGACAGGCGGAACUGAUCCAGCCAAAUCCAGCUCUGAGGGCUGAGUCGUUCUUCAACGAGACACUCGAUCUCAAGAAACCAGAGAAAAUGACCAACACAGAGCGAUUUGGCUCUAAUUUAGAAUCAGCUGCGGUCGAAAUCGACAACGCUGCGUCAACUUAUACACAAGGACUAAAACAAUUUGGAUCUGCGCAAAAGGAACUCGGGAAAUCCGAACGACGAUUCGGCCGAGAAGUCGAGAAAUGUUGCAUUCAGCCGAUGAAGAAAUUUCUGGCUGAAGAUUUGGAAGCGGCUCUUAAUGAGAAAAGUGCCCUGGACACUCUUAGACUGGAUCUGGAUGUGGCUAAAAAUAAGGUAGCGAAGGCGAAAGGAAUAGUAGAUCGAGAGAAAGCUGAGAAAGUGUUGCAGGAAGCACAAAAAGAUUUCGACCGACAACACGACUUCACUAAAGUCAUCAUCGGCCGCACGCUCAACAACCACCACACGAACCACGCGAACCAGUUGAAGGAGUUGAGUCGCAUCCAGACUAGUCUCUAUCGAGAGUGCUCUCAGGUCAUGUCGGAAUUGGACGAGGAACUCGCUAAGAUAGCGAUCAAGUGACGAUUAUAAGUCAUAUCCAGUUAAACUUGCACACCCUCCCCCCCACACACGACCAUC